AUGCAUGUUCUUCAAAAUGAAAGCUUUGAUCGAAAAUUUGAAGUUUACGCUACACUCAAUAACAUCUGCAAAACGAACCCACCUCUCACGGUGGUAAAGCUAUUUACAAACAAGCAGGAGCAGAAAAGAGGUGGAGUGAAUUCACCACGAAAUAAGACACAAUCUUCCCAGUCAUAUGUCGAGACAAUUGCUAGAAUAGCCAAAAGAGACAUUCUUGCUAUUGAAAGUAACCUAUUCGGCGAUAGCUCGUACCAAAAUGACGACCCAUUCAGCACCCGUGUGGCCAACCAGGCAUUGAAGUUGGCCAACUUCAUCCUAAUCACCCCAGAAUUGAACAUGUUACUUUCCGUUGAACUUGCUCAAUUUUACUAUUCUCAUGCUGCAUCAAUGAUUGCAAAACCCGAUAUAUCUAAAUCACUCAUUAUGCCUUAUAUUUUGAUUCUCAAAGAGUGUCGUUUUCAAUGCCCACAGGAAACGUAUGGUCUUUGA